CCCUUGCCGCGCGCCUCCUCUCCCCCUCUCUCUCGUUCCCCUCCCUCCCGCGCGCCUCCUCUCCUCUCGCCUCGCCGCGCGCCUCCUCUCCUCCCCGGCCUCACGCCGCCCAUCUAGAGAGAUGGGGGUCGCGCGCGACGAGGCCGGCCUAGCCGCCACCUCCUUCUCCCGCGACCGCGCCGUCCUCUCCUCCUUCCUCCGGCCUCCCUGCCGUGCCGCCGCGGCGGCUGCACGUCCAGCCCCACGCCGCCGUCGUCUUCUUCGCCCAGCCGGCCGCCGCCGCACCGCACGCUCGUGCGCAGGGGCGAGAAGGGGAACCGCCGCCCGCUCCCGUAGCGCGAGGAGAACGAGGGGAGGCAGCGCCCAGAUCCACGGCGGCAUCGACGCGCCGUCGUCGACCUGAGCCGCCACCGUCCUCGAGGUCGGCCAUGGAGGGGGGGGGGGGUCCAACCCAGCUGUAGCCGUCGUCCAGACCAAGAUGCCCAAACAGUUCCCGCUGAUCCAGACGAAGAUCGUCGAUUUCUUCAAGAUCCAGCGGCGCCCGGCGGCCGCGGCGGCCGAGCCGCCGGAGGGGAAGAAGAGGAAGCGGAAGGCCACCAGCGCGUUGGUGGUGUCUGAGAAGAAGAGCAGGAAGCUGCCCUUCACCCCUAGCAAGGACCCCGUCCGGCGCCUCACGCAGAUGGCCUCGCUCGCCACGGCGCUCACGGCCACCAGCGUCGUCUUCAGCAACGACCUCACCUACGUGCCCGACAUGGCGUCCUGGUCCGCCAACCAAUCCGCCCUCGUGGCAGGGGGGAUGCAGGUGCUGCCAAGGGAGGAUGCAGAGACAUUGAGCCUAUGCAAGAGGAUGGUGGAGCAAGGGGCCUCUCCUCGUCGUCUUCAAUCCAGUGGAAGGGAUUGGAGCCCUUGAAGCAUUUGAAUGGAGCAUAUGUAUGCACGUUGCACUUCAUCUUAGGGGAGUGCGACUGUUACAUGUUAGUUAAGACUUAGUUUUUGUGAUGCAUACCAGAGAUAAUGUUUUCUUCGAUGAUUUAGAGUUAUAGUUGUCGUCAAUAUUUAUCAAAAAGUUAGGUCAGAAAAACAGUCAAUCUCAAGCUUUCUAAUGAAGUCAGUGGCAAGUAACAAGUUUUUUCCUGUUUGAAUUUUCUGUACUUACACCUGCUUUUCGUUCUUUUUAUACACUGUGAGAGUUGAUGUGGAGGUGAAAGCGUGUAAUUCUGUAGAGGUUGCCAACACUAAAGUUUUUGACUUUUUUUUCCUCUUCGUAGUUGAUUUAGUUGAAUCCAAAACAAUUAUCACCAACUGUAGAUUUGACCUGGUGAUUGAGUUAUGCUUCUCAAGGAUUAUAACUGUAGUUGUUUCCUGUCUAAUAUUAUUUGUCAGCAAAUUUCUUUAUUGAAAUCUUGAAUAAGGGAACUAUAAUAAUGCAGAUAAAUAACGGUUUUUCUUAUUUUGCCAACAGGUGCAUGUUAUGAUUAUUGUGUUGAAGUGCUGAUUGCUGACCUAUUCCUUUGAUGUCCAUUUUAGUUUGCAUUUUAGGUUCUGUUUUAGUUUACUGAAUUAAUUUUUCUUGAACUGAACUGUUUCUGUGCGGCCAGUCGGCGCCCCUCUAUUUUGUGUGAUUGAAAAACCUUCCUCACCUUAUUUUGUGUGAUUGAUAAAUACUUGUUUCAGUGGUGCAAUGCUUUUUUCUGCUUAAGCAUGGUUCUGAGUCUCUGAAUCUCGCUGUUACAUGAGAAUUGUUUUUCCUAUGAUGGUGGUUGUUGCUUAAGUGUCUUCAGCCUACACCUUCAAUAUAUUUAUGAUAAUUCCUUUUAAUAGCAUGUUUUUCCAAUGAUCUUCUGUUGCUUAUUUAAGAAACAAAUUAGAUUCUCAUGUCCUUUAAUAGUUAUUUAUGUACCUGCCUAAGAAGAUCAUGCCAAUUUCUUAAGCAGUGGGUAGUGGUAACGAGUUUCCUAAGCUGACUUUGAGUUUUAAUUACAACAUAGGCCCAUCUGUUACUUUCUAACGUUUGGUGUUUCCGCAGAUAUGUAAUGAUGUUGCAAUUGCUAAGAUAAUGGAAGCAACACUUAUUUUGCCAGUUCUGAAGCAGGACCAAAUAUGGAAAGACCAGGCGUAAGUGCUACUUUCUCUUGUACUAGGUGUCCCUCUUUUCUGAAUAAUCACAUUGCCUUCACUUAAUCUACUAAUUUGAGACGUUUGUGGUUCCUUCCUAGGAUCCUAACUAACUGCAUGGAUACUAAUUAUUAGUAUAUUGUGCUACACCAUAAUAAGUGCUUAGUGAGCUGUGUCUAUUGUUUACACUGUCAUCCGCGAAGCGGGCACUGUCAUCUUCUCGCGUGGCUGCCUCCAGCCCAUCCAACCCUCUGCUCCCCUCCACCAGGUGAAAGCAGCACCACCGCACACGCCCUGCCGCCGUGACUGCUGAUGACCUACGGGCCCGUCUCUCUCUCAAUCUCGAUCUCCUUGUGGACUGAAAGUUGGUGCCAUGUGAUAAUUUUAUGUGAUUUGAUGCCUCUGGUUCUUCCAUGAUAAUUAUGUUUGUUGUCUUGAAGGAUGGCGUGGUUGAUGCAAUCCGUGUAUCCCUCACAGAUCCACUUGGAACUCAGGCUGCAAACCAUCAAAUAGGUGCAGUAAUGAACUUUUCCUUUCCUGAGCAUUUCAUUUUCCUCUUGUUUUUGGUUGCUAUACUGUAAUUUUUUUUCCAGUAGUGCUUUGCCUUAUCUAUUCCUAUAUAUUUAUCCUUUCGAAAUCAUAUUUUAUUUGUACUGUGUGACCUGCCAAUUUAGACAUUGUCAAUAUACCUAUUACUUUUCGGCUUAUAUCUAUAUUAGUUAAGAUGGUUCGUGCAGUUUGAUGGCAUUUUUAUUCUUCUUCUCGGGGUCUGUUGUACUUUAUAGCUGAAAUUUCAUUAUGUACAAAUGAAAAAGAAAUGGAAUGAGCAAACCAUGUGUAUAAAUAUUACUCCCUCCGUCCCAAAAUAAGUGUCUCAACUUUGUACUAACCUGGAGAUAUUUAUUUUGGGACGGAGGGAGUACUAACUACUGAUCUUUGCAUUAGUGAUUUAGAAGUAAUUCAUGUUGUACCCUUAGGAUCAAAGUAUACGUUGUUUUCAUCCAAAGAAAUGGAUUAUAGAUUUACCAAUUAUUAUGUACAAUCUGAAAUAGGCUAACUAGCAGAAAAAUUGGUUCGAUUAUGAUAAUCUUGUGUGGCUACCUAUACAUUUAUUGUGUUUACCUUCUUGCAUACAUCUUUUUAGGGGUCAUCCUGGUUUUUAUUCCAAUUGUUUACAGGUCACACCUAUUUUGUUGAUUAUUGUUGGGUGCCCAAGCCAUUAGAAAAGAGUGAUGCCUCAGUUAAGGUAGAUCUGAGUAUAGAACCCAGGGUGGCACUUCGCAAAUAUUGUACCCUUCGAACGAUACACCUGUAUACUUAUUAGUACUAGAGAAGUAUGCUGCGUUGUCAAAAGGGAAUCGACUAAUCCCAGUAUCCCACACAUAAUUGAUCACAAUAACUAAAUAGAUUCUUAUUCCCUUUCCCAGGGCAGAAUAAAAUUACAAUUAUCUUAUCAAUCUUAUCUAGAAGGGUUUAACUGGAGAGUGAAACAACAAUAUAAAUAAAAAACCCAUGUUCAUAUUGGUGUGGCAAUGAAUACUAACAAACUAUGGUUGUGUGCGUUUAAAUGGGAUGUUGGUACUUCGGGCAUUGUGAGGCUUCUCAGAGCUUAGCGGCUCUUGGCCGUUGGAUCAUUUUUUGUUGCAUUUCUGGCAAUUCGAUCACAGGAUGGAAAGACCUUGGCCGUUGGAUCAAAAGGUGACCCAAUGCAUAGAUGUCGUCCGUUCUUCAGGCUGCUAACCUACAGCGGUCAUGUACAGGGCCAGAACAACAAUGCCGCUCCCACUACUCCCCAGUGCAGAGGAUUUCUGUGCCGUGGAAGCUCCAAGGCACACCUGACCUCCUCCUUUUGGUGAUGUUUAUCAGUUAGUGAGGUUUCUGCACCUACGCUCUAUGACGCAGAUUGUGUAUGCCUCUUAUUUAUUUUGGUUUAUUUGGGAAUAGACAUUGGCGAUAUGUAUUUUGGAUUUAGACUUAUAGAAAGGGUAUGUGUUGUGACAGUGCAAAGCUUUUUAGGGCUAUCCUCUUUCUCCUGUUUGAAAUUAUGUCUCAUAUUUAUUCUCCUUAACUUGGAAAUUAUGUCUCAUAUUAUGUCCGUUGAAGCCAAUUUAGAAGGACUUGCAAACAACUGUUCAUAGUUGUGGUACA